AAAGAAAUGUUCUAUUCCAAUAUUGUCAUUGUGCAAUCGAUCGAAUUUUCAUUGACUUACCUUAUAGACCAUCAAACAUCAGGAAGUUUACUGUCAAGGUCUUGUCACAGAUCCGUACCUGGAGAAUGCAUCAGGAAGUGCCACUGAAUGAAUGAAAGCUUGGUGCGCUCCUGUUUGAGGAAUAUCGAUCGCCCAAAUUGCGCAUGUGUCGUCCGCUUGUAACAAUCGCAUUCUCCUGCGUUCCUGCAGGCGGCAGUUAUGUUUCAGGGACGCGCAGCAGACAGGUGGUCGGGCCGCCAAGUAACCACAUCAACAGGUUGCGAUUGAUAAUAAUAUAAAUAACAAUACUAUGGACUACGAUUAUUUGAUCAAAUUUUUGGCCCUUGGAGACUCCGCUGUCGGGAAAACUUCAUUUUUAUUCCAAUACACAGAUGGAACGUUUAAUUCAAGAUUUAUUUCAACUGUUGGGAUUGAUUUUAGGGAAAAACGAAUGUUGUAUCAAUCGAGUGAUAGAAAUCAAAGAGUACAUUUACAACUUUGGGAUACAGCUGGACAAGAAAGGUUUAGAAGUUUAACUACAGCGUUCUAUCGAGAUGCAAUGGGUUUCAUUCUAAUUUUCGACCUCACCAAUGAGAAAUCCUUCCUUGAAAUACAAAACUGGAUCGAUCAGCUACAGAUGCACGCAUAUUGCGAUUGUCCCGAUGUAGUCCUGUGUGGAAACAAGGUCGAUCUCGAGGACAAACGCGUUGUGCCCGAAUGGCGCGCGAGAGAACUCGCUGAAAAGAACAAUAUGUUGUAUUUGGAGACAAGUGCCGCAACUGGUCAAAAUGUUGCGCAGGCAAUCGAAGUGCUAUUGGAUAGAGUAAUGUUGCGAAUGGAGUCAGCAGUUGAUCAAGCAACCCUGCCAGGCAGAAAAGGUCAACCCAAACCGAUUAAUUUCGAUCGCAACAACACGGAGGAAUCCACAUGUUGUGUGAUCCUGUAAUCGCCAGCCUUGCGGGAUGCUCAAAUGAUUUAUGUCUUCAUUUACUUGCUUAUUCCCACGAGUAAUAAUCCAUUGUGAUAUCCGCGUCUAGUUGUAGUGUGGCGCAUGAGGACCUGAUAGAUUUGUUACCAUUUUCAGUACGUUUGAAACCCAAAAUGUAGAUUUAAUGUUAUUGAUAUUGAUGUUCGUUGCGCGUUGAAAACAUGAAGCUUUGGGAACGUGGCUGUCACUUUUAGAUAUGUAAAUGGCCUAUUUGUUGACACCCUAGGCAGUUGAACAAUGUGAUAGCAAGUGGCAUUGUUAUAUUGCGUUUGUAAAGUGUUGAUUGAAGAUUGGUCAAUAAAAUGUUUAAAAUUA